AUGGGGCGUAUAGCUCACUUGUUCGCAGCUGCGAACAUGAUCAUUCGGCAAGACAUGGCGACAGCGACGGGAGGAAUGAUGAUGAAGAUGAAGGAAAAGAUUGUAGAUCCCAAGACAGCGCUGAAGGACAGCAAGUCCAUGAUCUUGCUGAGCAGGAGAUUCAACACUGGAUUUAUGGAUGGUUGGUAUGGUUUACCUGCCGGCCAUGUAAGGCCGACGGAACGGAUCCACGAGACCGUGAUGAGAGAGGCGAAAGAAGAGCUAGGGAUCGAGGUAGAUCCAGCAGAAAUCUCCGUGAUGUCAACGAUGCACCGACUGAACAAGAAGAGAGAAUACAUGGACUUCUUUUGCAUGGUCAACAGUUGGAAGGGACCGAUAGUAAACAACGAGCCAGACAAAUGUGACGAUCUGCAGUUCUUUGCUGUGGACAACCUGCCAGAGAACACGAUCGAGCACGUGAGGCAGGGUAUUCACUGUGUGUUCAAUAACAUCCCUUUCUCGGAGCAUGGGGUUGAAGGGAUGAAUCAGAAAGUAGGAUGA